ACGCUGAACCCCGUCUGGCCGGCCUUCGCCAUCCCGGUGCGCGCCCUCUGCAACGGCGACUACGACCGGGCCAUCAAGGUGGAGGUGUAUGACUGGGAUCGGGAUGGCAGCCACGACUUCAUCGGUGAGUUCACCACCAGCUACCGGGAGCUGGCGCGGGGGCAGAGCCAGUUCAAUGUCUACGAGGUGGUGAACCCCCGGAAGAAGAUGAAGAAGAAGAAGUACCUGAACUCGGGGACGGUGACCCUGCUGUCCUUCGCUGUGGAGUCUGACCACACGUUCCUGGACUACAUCCGGGGCGGGACCCAAAUCAAUUUCACGGUGGCCAUCGACUUCACUGCAUCCAACGGCAACCCAUCGCAGUCCACCUCCCUGCACUACCUGAGCCCCUACCAGCUCAACGCCUACACCAUGGCGCUGAGGGCGGUGGGUGAGAUCAUCCAGGACUACGACAGCGACAAGAUGUUCCCUGCGCUCGGUUUCGGUGCCAAGAUCCCACCCGACGGGCGCGUGUCCCACGAGUUCCCAUUGAACGGCGACGCAUCCAACCCGUCGUGCAGCGGCAUUGAGGGCAUCCUGGAGGCGUAUCACCGCAGCCUGCGCAGCGUUCAGCUCUACGGCCCCACCAACUUCGCCCCCGUGGUCAACCACGUGGCCCGCUCGGCGGCGGCUGUGCCGGAUGGGUCGCAGUACUUUGUGCUGCUCAUCAUCACCGACGGGGUCAUCUCAGACAUGGCGCAGACCAAGGAGGCCAUUGUCAACGCAGCCAAGCUCCCCAUGUCCAUCAUCAUCGUGGGGGUCGGCCAGGCUGAGUUUGACGCCAUGGUGGAGUUGGAUGGGGACGACAUCCGCAUCUCCUCCCGUGGGAAGGUGGCAGAGCGUGACAUUGUGCAGUUUGUCCCAUUCCGUGACUACACGGACCGGGGGGGCAGCCAGGUGCUGAGCAUGGCGCGCCUGGCCAAGGACGUGCUGGCUGAGAUCCCCGAGCAGUUCAUCUCCUACAUGAAGGCUCACGGCAUCAAACCACAGCCUGCGCCCCCCAGCCCUGACCCCCCCGGGCCCCCACCUCCCACCCAGCCCUGA